ACAAUGCAGGUAUUCUUCACUUCUCACUGCCGCAAUCGAGUGUCGUUAUUUAUACAGUAUACCCCAUACGGCUCACCCCAUUUCCUUCAUGAUGACUCUGCGCCCAUCGAGCAAUCGAUGCAAACAUGUCCAAAUUACUCAAUAUUAACUACAUGCUUCCCAGGAACCACAUUCCCACCCUCAUGUCCCUCCUCAGCCCCGCCAAGACGUUCUUCACAAGCUCCAAGAUGAAGAUCGCGAUCACCGGGGCCCGCGGCACCGUCGGCCGCGAGGUGAUCAACCGCAGCGACCAGCCGCACGACGGAACGCCCGACUCGGAGAUGCGGACCGCGGACGCCGCCACCGACUACGACGCCACGGUGCAAGCCCUACGGGACUGCGACGCCCUCAUCCACCUCGCCGCCGUGCCGAACCCGCUGGGCAGACCCGACUGGCAGACGCAUCAUGAGAAGGAGUAG